AUGCAAGAUUUUGAUGAAGGAGAAGCGCACUUGAAGAGUAACGAUUAUACUCAACCACGCUAUCUUCCACAAAAUAUCAAUUAUUGUAUGCUUACGGAUGAUCAAAUGAAAGGAACUAUUUUUGAAAAUUUUCAAUUAAGUGAAUUACUUCACAGAAUUCCACGGGAGACAUUAAGAUCAAAUAAUAUAACUUUUGUAAGAGAAGAUAAGCUGAAUCAGAUCGAACUUGUUAGACAGCAAAUAUCUGUGGACAUGACAGCAAUACGUGAUGCAUUAUGCAAUUUGAAUUUAAGUAUUCUACCAGUUGAGCAAGUUGAUCAAAUAGCAAGUAUUGCACCAUCUGUAAUCGAUGUCAGCUAUUUGUUAAAUUAUGAAUCUAUGGAACCAGCAUUGGUUAUAGGAGAAAAUGAACAAUUUUUGCUUAAACUUGCGAAAAUUGAUCGAGUAGCAGAAAAAUUGCAUGCAAUGUCAUUCAUGGGUCACAUAAAUAGUAGAACUACUGAAAUCUUGAAAAGCUUGGAAGAUCUCAUCAGUGCAACAAAUGCGUUAAGAAAAAAUCGUGGAUUUCACGUAUUAAUACGUGUCGUUCUUGUUUUCAUAAACUUUAUCAUUGGCGAUUACGCUGCUAAAACAAGCCGAGGCUUUAGGAUAUCAGAUCUCACAAAAAUAUGCUCUACUGAGGUGUGUAGCUCACCAAAGACAACGCUACUGAAUGUUGUUGCUUCAUGCACUAUUUCAGAAUUUACAGAAGUCUGCAUGAUUCGUGAUACCUUACCCGCUUUGGAAAAAGCUUCACGUGUGAACUUCCAAGAACUUUCUGUGACUAUACGACGUCUUGAGCAGGAUUAUCUACGAUUUGAUCGUGAAGUAAGUUACAUGGAUAGCGAAAGACACGUGAGUGCUUGUCGGGAAUCAAUCAAAAAUAAAGUAACAGAAGUAAAAGAAAGUUUUCAAGAAUGCAAGACAAUUCUUUGCAAAACAAUGCGAUAUUUUGGUGAAUUUGUGGAUGAUGAUAUUGGUGUCGAGAUUCCGGAAGCUUUCUUUGCUGCAGUUGCCACUUUUUGUCGUCAGCUACAGAGAGCUUGGAUUGAUGUCCAUCUUCAUGGCAUCCAAGGAACCAAAGCUGUUCAGUGA